AUGGCCGAUUCAGAAGACCAGCCAAAUCGUCCGAGAAGAACCACUUCUGUCGCAGCAUCUCAGGGUUCCGGUGCAUCUCCGGGUCCUCUCAGUCGCAUACCCUCCAGCGGCGCUUACCUUGACGACAAUGCCCAAUACUACGGGCACAACUACCAUGGAGAUCAUGAAAGUUCGCAUGAGAAGCUCGAAGAUGAUGAGAGUAUCAGCGAAUCAGACUUGGCUGAAAAAGAUACAAAAGAAGAGCUAGACGAGGAUAUUGUGCCGGAAGUGAGAGACGGGAAAGAAGACCAAAGAGACUUGGAGUCUGGGCCAACAUUGGAGAAGCCAAGAACAACGCAGAGUGGAAGAAGUGCAAGAGAUCCGAAUCUUGUGAGUUGGGAUGGGGUCGAAGAUCCUAAGAAUCCCAAAAAUUGGUCGAUGCGACGCAAAUGGGCGGCGACAUUGAUUGUUUCUUCAUUUACAUUUCUCUCGCCAGUAUCCAGUUCCAUGGUUGCACCGGCUGUAAAUUCCCUUGCAGCAGAAUUCAACAUUACCAGCGAGUUAGAGAAGUCCAUGACUUUGUCUAUUUUUGUCUUGGCCUAUGCCGUUGGCCCUCUGUUUCUUGGACCUCUUUCCGAGAUGUACGGUCGUGUCAUUGUCCUCCAAAUUUCAAACCUAUUUUUCUUGUUCUUCAAUCUUGGGUGCGGAUUGGCCCAGAACAAGGGGCAACUCAUUGCAUUUCGGUUUUUGUCAGGAUUGGGAGGAUCUGCUCCUCUUGCAAUUGGUGGAGGGCUUCUAGGCGAUCUUUUUACUGCUGAGCAGCGUGGAAAAGCAAUCAGUAUUUACAGUCUUGCACCGCUGCUAGGCCCAGCUAUUGGUCCCGUAGCUGGAGGUUUCAUUGCGGAAAAUACGACAUGGAGGUGGGUUUUCUACUCAACUACCAUAGUCGAUGGCAUCGUUCAGGUGGCUGGGCUGUUCUUUCUUCAAGAGACUUAUGCUCCAGUUCUUCUGCAUCGUAAGAAGAGGCAAAUGAUCAAAGAUACCGGGAACGAAGCUUUGCAUACCGAAUUCGAACAUCCAGAUCGCACGGUCGGGAGAAGUAUCCGCAUUGCUCUCAGUCGACCUUUCAGACUCCUCUUUACUCAGGUCAUCGUUCAGGUUCUAGCUAUGUAUAUGGCAUAUCUUUAUGGCAUUACAUACCUCGUUCUUAGCACGUUCCCAGGACUAUGGGAGAUUGAGUAUAAUGAGUCGGUAGGUAUCGGCGGUUUGAACUACAUCUCUCUAGGCGUGGGCCUCUUUCUCGGUACACAAAUAGCAGCACCUUGCCAGGACAGGAUCUAUCGAGCCCUCAAAAAACGCAACAAUGGUGUCGGAAAGCCUGAGUUCCGUGUUCCACUCAUGAUACCUGGGGCUCUCUUAGUGCCUGUGGGUCUGUUCAUAUAUGGAUGGUCUGCUGAUGCACACACUCAUUGGAUUGUUCCGAAUAUGGGAGCCUCUAUUUUCUCAGCAGGAACCAUCAUUGGUUUCCAGUGUAUUCAGACAUAUAUCGUUGAUGCGUAUACACGAUAUGCUGCAAGCGCUGUUGGCGCAGCCACCGUGCUGCGGAGUUUGGCGGGUUUUGGUUUCCCUCUCUUUGCCCCAUACAUGUACGCCAAGUUACAUUAUGGCUGGGGGAACAGUCUUCUGGCAUUCAUUGCCAUUGUUUUGGGGUGGCCUGGUCCAAUAUUGCUUUGGAAAUACGGUGAGAAGCUGAGAGCGAAGAGUACGUUCGCGGCUGGAUAA